AUGUCAAACAUUGCUGUUGGUAUCCAAAUGCUUACUUAUAGUGGAAGAGGAAUGGAUGAUCUUGGAAACAUUGAUGGUUGUCUGGGAUUACCAUCAAACACGUCUCACUACUGUGUGUACCAGUCUGAGAUGGAUAUUCCUGUUGCCGGAAGCAUGUCCUACACGUUGGGCCUUUGUCUACCACCAAGUUGCAACACGACCACAGACAUUAGCAUGGCCAUCCAACAACUGUCCCAAGUGGGUGCCGUACUCGUGAAGCCUGGCAACGAUUCAGUGAGCCAUUGUUAUGCCGACUAUGAUCAUGUCACUGUCAAGGAGUGGACUGCUGGAGCCGGAAUCAUGGUUGGAGUGUGUCUGUUCUUUUCGCUCUUGGUGGCCGUUGGUACUGCGCUCGAGGUUGCCAUAAUGACCAUGAUGCGUACCAGAUCGCACAAGAAUGAUGUUGUUCAACAGACCACGCCAAUUGAAGAGUCAGAGCAACGGGCCGGCCCAGUGCCAGUCAAGAGAUCGCCUAUACUCCAUGCGUUGUUGGCAUUCUCAUUGGUGUCCAAUUAUAAGUCGUUCACAAAUGGACGAUCCACCAAGAGAUACUUGGACUCACUAGAUGGCAUAAGGACCUUGUCGACGUGUUGGGUCGUGCUCGGACACUCGUUGGUCUUCCUGAUGGGACCGGGCCUAGACAACGUGAGCUACGUGUUUGGAGUGGCCAGACGCUCGUUUGCCUUCCAAGUGUUCAUGGCGGGCGAGUUCUCUGUCGACGUGUUCUUCAUGCUGAGCGGCUUCCUCGUGGCCUACACCGUGCUGACCCAGAUGGACAAGAGACAGGGCAAGACCGGCCCGCUGUUCUGGCUGAUGUACGUUGUGCACCGCUUUAUCCGUCUGUCGCCACUCUACUACUUCAUUGUGUUCUUCUUCUGGCAGGUGUCGCCACUGCUUGGCAGUGGUCCCCUGUGGUUCCUCUACAGGGACACAGUGAAGACGUGCGACCAGUACUGGUGGACCAACCUGUUGUACAUCAACAACAUGUAUCCGGUCAAGUUAGCCGAUGAGUGCACGGGCUGGGGCUGGUACUUGGCCAACGACAUGCAGUUCUACCUGCUGGUGCCCAUUGUAUUGGUGGUAUUCUACUGGAGGCGAUGCGCUGGCUGGGCCCUCGUAUGUGCCAUCCUGGCCGCAUGCUUCACGUCCAACAUUUGGGUGGCGGCCAAGUACGAGAUACCAACAUUCUUUGAGUUCGCCGCCAGUCCAGAUGGAUUUGGCCAGGACCUGUACCAACGCCCGUGGUUCAGAAUGGGCGCCUAUGUUGUGGGUGUCGCCGUGGCCUUCUUGUAUCGCGAGCCAAAGACAAAGGAGCUGUAUGACAUGCCAUGUUUCCGUGCUGUGGCCUACGUCGCAUCGCUGGUCAUCACCUUCUUCUUUGCCUACAUCCCCUAUACCAGCUUCCACAGUGAGAAUGGAUGGAACAACACCGAGAACUCAUUGUUCAACGGCUUUGCGCAUACCAUGUUGCCGCUGGGUGUGACCAUAUUCAUGAUGGCAACGUUCUACGGCCAUGGCGGUGUGGUGGCACUGUUCCUUGAGCAUCCAUUGUUCCGCUACCUGUCCAAGCUCACCUACUCCACCUAUCUGGUUCAUCCUAUUGUGAUGUGGGUACACUCGUACUCAUUGACGACGUACGCACACUACUCUCCAAUCGAGUUCACCUGGACAUUCGUUGCCAACCUGGUAAUGUCGUUCGCUGCUGCGUUUGUCCUCCAUCUGACCAUUGAGCGACCAUUCAUGAACAUUGAAAGAAUGGUGUUUGGAGGUGGCGGCGGGAGCGGCAAGAAGGAAGAUGGCGGUGAGUCGCCAUCAUCCAAAUAA